CUGCACGUGCUUCUCCAAGUAUUUCCGGGACAGCUUUUGUUCUUUCUCUCAUCUCAAAUUGUGCUUCAGUAUCCACAGAGCAAUGUCGACUCCAAGCCCGCAAAAGAUCAUUCAUGCAUAUCGACACCUAUAUAGGGGCCUUCUUCACGCAGUUCAGUACUCAAAGCCAGCCAGAUAUAUCGCACGGGAUCAGUUAAGAAGGGCCUUUCGGGUUGAGGACCCUUCAUCUUUCAACCAAGAGAAGAUAGACAGAACCGUCAAAUUCCUCGGCUUUGCGGCAAAGGAGGCAGGACUCGAGCAUCGAAUUGUCAGAAAUUUGUUGCACACGGCGUAUUGGGAGAAGAAAAAACACAUUUACGAAAGAAAAGACAAGAAACCAACCACUGUCCAGAGACAGGUCCAGGGAACUGCGAGGCUUCAUUAUCAAAUGACUUUGGCCAUGCUCAACGAUAGUAUGGGUCUUUGCCUGCGCUGAGCUGUUGGCCAUCCGCAUUCAAAACCUCCCGAAAUCGCCAUGGUGCCGCGCUCAAUGCCUCAUCCAUUAAGCAAUAACCCGAAGUUUCAUCAGCAUCUCGGCGGGUCAUCUGCAAUCUUACCAUCUAGGCUCGAAAAGAAGACAUUGUCUUCGUGCUACUGGGGCUCUUCCCUGAUGCUCUCACCCUUGGCCGCGCUCUACGGUUAACUCUUCGGGGAGGGCCCUGGAAGCAGUUCUCGUCCUGCAGAGAGAAUUCUCACGAUCAGC